ACGAUUAAUAGAACCAGCUCCACACCUGCUUGUUGGUAAUUCGCAGAACGUUGUCCACGCUCGUAAGAAGCCAGGUAACUCAAGAUUAUUACCGUUUGUUUGUAGUCUGUACGUCGACUCGGUCGUAGAAGGUGUGAUAAUGUAUUCCUCCCUUUUUAUCAUUGUUUACGCGUUUGUUUUGAUAGAUAUCGUCAAUUGUGAUGGCUUGUCUAACGCCCCCAUGGACACCCGCAAGUACUUUUCAGACGUAGAGGAAGACUUGACCAAAGUCACAUGGGUCCACAGAUGUAAUUCUCGGGCGGAUCUGGAAGCUGCCCUUAACAGUGAUGUGAUGAUGAUAGAGGCAGACAUCAUAUCAGGACAUCUAGAGAGCGAUACAGGAGGAGAGCCUAUACCUGUGAUGGGACACCCUCCUUCUACAACUAGUGACAUUUCACUGGAGCAGUUUCUGCAUAGGGUGCUGGAGAAGAGAGCUGGAAAAGGCAUCAAGCUGGAUUUCAAAAGUACUGCAAUCUUCAAAGCAUCGGAAAAUGUUUUAGAAGAAUUCUUAGCCAAAGCUGAGGUCGACUUCCCAGUAUGGAUCAAUGCAGAUAUCCUGAGAGGUCCCGGGGUGCCGGAGUCUCGCAAUGUUGUUGAUGCCAAGUAUUUCCUGGAGACAUGUGUUGACAAGUUUCCUAUUGCCUACAUCAGUCCUGGCUGGGCAGUGGACACAACGUCUGCAAGGCACCUAAGGUAUGAAAAGAAACACGUCGAUGAGAUGACUACAGUGUUGUCCGAAGCAAAUGUUGUUCACGGAGUCACGUUUCCUGUUCACUCCGGCAUCGCCUCCAACUCCGUCGAUGUUCUGACCAAACUGAUCAAGACUUCUGUGGAAGGAACUACGCUCACAUUAUGGUCAGGGAAGAAUGAGUGGGUCGACUAUGGGAACCUGAGGAAACUUAUUGAAGGUGUUGGGAGGGAGAAGGUUUACAUUGACAUGCCUAAGGAAAUGCUGGAAAAGCUCAACAAACCAGAUGAGUCUGAAUCUAAAGGAGCUGCAACAACAAACACUGUUGGAAUUGCAAACAUGUUGUUGGUUCUCAUAGGACUUGUGUGUACUAUUUUACCCUCAACGCACUAAUGCAUUAAGAUCUUGUACAAACUGUAUAUUGACAUGUUAAUGUUAAGAGAAUACAUUGUUGUUAAAUGAUAUGCUUUUAAAGGUGUGGAAAAGUUGACUGGUGCAUUUUCUGGGCUCCACUUUUGUCUGUUUAUUAAAGAUUCAGGUACAAAGAUAAACACAUUUGACACUAUUUGCUUCUAACAUUGUGUGUGUUAGUGUACAUGAUUAGUGCCGAGUAAUUGAUACACAAAAGAAAAUCAAUUGGAGCUUGGAGCCCACAAAAUGUUUAAGAGAAAAACGCUUUCUUUUUGGUAGGAAAUUACACUAUUACACUGUUUAUAGUAUGUAUUGUAAUAUUAUUUCAGAAUUUAUUUUAAUUAUACACAUCCUCUUUGUAUAAUAAUGAUCCUGGUCAUUCUUUGGUUGGAGAGGGAACAGAACUAUCCAUUUUUCCCUAUCUCCAGUUUCUCUUCCUACACCAUCUGCCAUCUCACCCUUCUCAUCCCUUUUUGGCUCAUCUGUUCACCUUAGACUUUAAUGUCUCUAAACAUUAGGACCUUAUGCACCUGAAUAUGUGUUACUGAUAAAGGCUUGCUGUUUGGACGGUCUUAAGGUUAAAAUUAGAUGAAAAAGCUUACAUACUGAUUAUCUGAUUUAUGCUGCCUUUUAAUGCCCCAAGGGUAAAACUGGAACCAAACUUGUCCAUGUAUAAGUUAUUUAAUGAUCUGAGAACAAAUACUAGUGUGGAGAUAGUUGUAUUCUAUACAUGUGCACUAAAAAUCACUCGUGGUUCAUGUAGAUCCAUGUAGAUUCAUGUAGGAUACAUAGGAUAAAUUUGUAAUUAAAUAAAAAGCAAGAACAUGAAGGCAAAAUAUUUACCAGGCAUCCUUUUACAUGUAGUUAAUUUACUAAAGUAAAUAAAAUACUACACUGUAAUAAACUAUCUUAUUUUGUGUAAACAUAAUAUUUCCUCAUACAUUAGGUUUAAAUGUAAUAUAUUUUGCCCAUGUUAUAAUGUUUUAUUGUUUUAAGACUUAUUAAUUUGUGAUUCUGAAGGUUUUUUAUAAAUUGAAUAUUAUUUUUAAAAAAAAGGCUCUCCUACAACAAUGAAUUUUUAUUACUUAUUAUUAUUGUAAUCAGGAGGCAAAAACAACAAAAAUGAAAUGAAUUUUUGAUCCUACUUACAUCAGAUUAUAUAGGUACUGACUUUACAUAAGAAUAUUAUGUAUCAUACAUAUAUUUCAUAUUCAUCAACUAAUUAAGUAUUUUGCUAUGCAUGUUAAAUGGGUGCCACCUAGUCAUAUAUACUAUUUCAUUCAAUUUGUUGCAAUUAAAGUAAAUAUUGAAUUCAAAGCACAUAAUUGUACUAUGUUAGUCAAUGUUUAAUGCUACAUAAAUUAAAUCAAAAGUUUUCUGACAAAGAUAAAUUUAUAGUUUUUAGGUUAGCAUUUUACACACUUUCCAACCUCUCUAGGAUAUGUAUUUUAGUAUAUAUGUAUUUUUAGUUUUAAGUUUUGAGCAAUUUGUAAAUUUGCAUUUUACGUGUUUAUUCGCUAAAAAUAGGUUUAAUUUGAAUUUUGUACAAAACAUCAUCAAGAAAUUUUGAUUAUCAAGA